GGGGAAGGCAAGGGCCUAGACGCCCUCGCCAGCCACAAGUGAGGACCAGCCCUUGCCGUCCUUUGGUGAGGUCGCCUUGCCAUCGCUUGAUGCCGCUCCUUGUCAGCCUCUAGGGGUGGCGAGGGUCCCCUCGCUGGAUUUGGCGAGGAGGAGUUGAUGCAACAAGCCCUUCUCCAGCAGCAGUCGCUCUACCACCCCUGCCUCUUGGCUCCUCCUCAGUCGUCCUAUGGGUUUAUUCACUACUUUGAUCAAAGAUCUGCUGCUCUUGCAAUUCUUUCUCUGAAUGGAAGGCAUCUAUUUGGGCAACCCAUCAAAGUUAAUUGGGCAUAUGCCAGUGGUCAGAGAGAGGACACUUCAGAGAUGCACGGGUUUUGUGGGAUCAGAAGAUUGGACGUUCAAGAGGGUUUGGCUUUGUUUCUUUCAGGAACCAACAGGAAAUGGCUUGGCAGUAGACAGAUACGUUGCAAUUGGGCAACAAAAAGUGCCGGUGGCAUUGAAGAUAAGCAGAGCUCUGAUGCCAAAAGUGUGGUGGAGCUAACCAAUGGCUCAUCAGAGGAUGGCAAGGAGGCUACAAACAGUGAUGCUCCGGAAAAUAAUCCUCAGUAUACAACUGUUUAUGUAGGAAAUUUAGCUUCAGAGGUCACUCAGCUUGAACUCCAUCGCCAUUUUCAUGCUCUUGGUGCUGGAGUGAUUGAGGAGGUCAGGGUCCAAAGAGAUAAAGGAUUUGGUUUCGUGAGGUAUAGCACUCAUGCAGAAGCAGCAUUGGCUAUUCAGAUGGGAAAUACUCAGUCACUUCUAUGUGGAAGACAAAUUAAGUGCUCCUGGGGUAGCAAGCCUACUCCCCCAGGAACAAGGUCCAAUUCCCUUCCACCACCUGCUGCAGUGGCACCAUUGCCAGGCCUUUCUACUGCUGAACUAUUAGCCUAUGAGCGACAAUUAGCAAUGAGCAAGGUGGGCGUCAUGCAUCCUCUCAUGCAAGGACAGCAUCCUUUAAGCAGGCAGCGAUGCGUAUGGGAGUCGCUGGUGGAAGCCAGGCAAUAGACGAUGGUGGGUUUCAAAUGUUGCAGCCGCCCAGCAGCUCAUGUAUUAUCAGUAACAUGCCUGGUUUUUGGCUUACUGAGUAAACAAGAAAGAGAGAGGAACUUUUCUUGAGCUAUAUAUAUUAUUGAGAGUUUAUGACCUCCAGGAAGUUGCCGAUGUUUGCCGUCUCUGUGCAUGUUACCCUUUUCGAUUUGUUCCCUUCGUCUGUAUGUUAUUCUAUUUAUGUAUCUUAUGGUUGGCUGCUCAAAAAUGAAUCCAUGUCUCUUUGGACCAUUUUUCCCCG